ACUGACUGGGAGUGGUUGAGUUGUGUAAGUUCACUAUCGGGGUUUUACGUGCAUGAUAUUGAGAACUGACAUCGUGACUAAGAACUAGAACUUGUAGCCCUUUUUAUUAUCUUUCAUAUGUUUCAAACUUGUUAGUUAUCAAGGAAAAGGUGACAUGGCUGCUGCAGAAGCAAAAUCCUCAGAUUCCUUGCAGGAUGACUUGAAAUGUCCUGUAUGCCUAGGUAUCUUCGCCGAUGCAAUUAUGCUGCCUACCUGCGGGCAUACAUUCUGCAGGAGAUGCCUCAGUGAAUAUGUGCAGUCAUACCGACCUCUUGGUUGCAUGGAUUGCCCUGUCUGUCGGAAAAUCACCAAGUUUACUCCUGCGAAAGGCGUUGAUGAUUUCCCCGCUAACGUGACGGUCAACAGAAUCGUAGACAACUACCGCCAGGACCAUGGCUGCAAGACUGAAACACGUCCAAAGUGCACUGCUUGCAGACGGCAAGGGGAUGCCGAGUCCUUCUGCAAAACCUGCAACAAGUACCUGUGUGAGAGGUGUCUAACUAGUCACCAAGAGAUGUCUGCCAUGUUCGAAGGUCAUGAGAUUGUACCCAUUGAGGAAACCAAGGGCCUGAAGGGAAAGCAGAAUAGGCUCAAACUUGGGGAUCCUCGCAUUGGCCUCAGAUCGGGCACCUUAAGCUCAAGUCCCAAGUUAGAAGUCAUUCGAAGUGUAGAUCUACCGGGACAGAUGAAGGUAAUGACCAAGUACUAUUGUGACAGUGUGGCUAUAGGAUACAAGUACUCUUCUAACGGAGAUAUAAGUGGUGUACAUACCAUUGAUUCCGAUGGUAGCCAGAGUCGGCGCCAGAUAUUGCCACCAAAUAUGUGGUUUGAGAGUAUAAUGUUUCAGGAAGACUCGUCUUUUUGCAUAUCGGAUGGAAAUGGGGUACACUUUUAUUCCAGAUAUGGAGAGAAGAAAUCAGUUGAGGGCGGAAUGUGCAGUUUGGGCACGGGAUUGAGAUUAAGCAGAGGUUUGUCAGGUGAAAUCAUCAUGACUAACGCUCUAAAACGAUUCUACAUAUAUAAUUCCACAGGAUCCACUUGCAAACACAAUAUUUCAACAAAACACAUUGUAAGUCAGGCAUCUGUCACCAGUUCGGGUUUGAUCGUCACAAGUUCAUGUAAUGCCAUGACAAGGAACAUGCAAGGAUUUACCGAUGCAAGCAUGGUGACGGUCUAUGACAGGGAUGGGAACGCUGGUGAGUCUCUACAAGCUCCAGAUGAUGUCUACCUGUACGCUGCCGUGGAUGAGCAAGACAGGGUGUAUGUAGCGAGUGUUGAUUGUAAGAAUAAUAACAUGGUGAUCAGGCUCUAUGAUAUCGUUGGUCUGAACCUGAAGAAAAGAGUUGGGUUCAAUGCACCUAAUUUCAGAUGUGCAUGGAGUGAUUGGUGUUACUUAGUUUACCUCUCACGAGACAUGCUCGCAUUCGCUUCUAGCGGUAUUUUGUAUUUCAUUGGCGGAAAUCUGUCCCGAAAGAAAGUGAACUUAAUAAAGGUAUAGUGUAUGAUUGGUUGAUCUCAGACAAGGGCAAUGAAUCAAUUUUGAAAUUAUUACAUUCAUUAAAUACCUAUAUUAUUGCUCUAUUUUAUCACGGAAAAGAAACUUGCAUAACUUUUAUAUUUUCAUGAUAUUGAGGGGUGAAACAUAUAUUAUAACAAAUAUCGGUUAAUCGAUAUAAGUUUGAACUUUCUUAUUGACGCCCUCUCGGGUUAAAAAAUAAAUUGAUAUUAGAACACCGUUCGAAUCAUGCAUAUUCAUUACGACUCAUGCAUAUUGAUGAAAUACGUCAUGGCGCAUGCGCAGUAUCAAGAAAUCCCCGUAUCAACAAAGUGCAGUACUCUGUGUGUGUAGCUGAGUAGAAAGCAAACAUCGAACGGUGCGUGCAAGCUCAAUGAGCCGAUGCUAGGCGGCUAGCGACAUGCUUGCGCUCUGCAUUAGUUUCAGAUAUAAUCCACUAUUUGCGAUAGCACACACAGGAUAAGAAUACUAUAUUGAGCUAUAUCCAUAAAUGUAUCGUACGCGUGAAAAAGGAUUCAGACACGUUGAUUAUCUGACGUGAAUGACGAAGCAAAGGAUUGCCCAAUACGGCUUACUUUCGGACUCUUAUGUCAUGAAUCUGAAAGUACUCCAAGACUAAAAGAGAUACGAGAAUCCCAGAGAUGGGCAAGGGCCGAGUUCCGAGUUUGAUCUUUAUUCAUGUGGAUUGUAGCUCUUUUAUGCCCCUUUCCCUUCAUGUAUAGCUUGGCGUGAUACAUAUACGGGAACUACAGCGAGGCGCUAUAGCGCAGCUCACUGUAUGUAUACUCUAUACUCUGUAUACUGACUCCCUGGCCCUCCCCAAAGGAAAGGGGGAGGGAGGAGAGAGAAGAAAGAAAGAAGUGGAUUGGUGAAAGAGAAUCAGGAGAGCCAUCAUAAAGGGAUAUGGAUACAACAUACCCUAAUUUGAUAUUUUGGUGUUUUUUUAUCUUUCCUGAAUGUUUCAGUCAGUUUCAGAUUAUUUAGAUCCACUCGCAAAGUACAGAGGAGAAAUUGGAAAAAAAAGUUAGACCAAAAAUAUUUAAAACUCUAAACAGACGGCUACCACCAUUCUGUCUACAGCCAAGCAUGAAGGGAAAGGGCGAAGAGAAAAACGAUUACUUUCAGAGCAGGUUCUACGAUAUAAAACAGGGUUUGUUUAAUACGGGGUUAAAUAUAGGCCUACAGUAAAACAUAACGAAGAUGCAAUCAUAUAGGCCUAUAGUAAAACAUAACGAAUAUGCAACCCCAAUGCGGGGUUAAAUAUAGGCCUAUAGUAAAACAUAACGAAGAUACAAUCCCAAUGCAACACUUGACUACUCUUCGUUUGUUUAGAUUGAACUCGCGAGGUCAAAAGGUGAGCUGAGAAACCUGUUGAUGCGAAGUACGUACGUGUAGUCUACAUUGUGUAGACCGUGAUAGCAUGAAUGUGACAAACGUACGCAUCAAGUUGCUAAUUUCUGUUAUUUCUGUUGCCGAGGUUUUUACCUGACUGCUAAGAAAGCACGAAUGCCUGUGAGCAAGCAACCAGGGGACCAACGGCUCAAGGUCGAACAAGCAGAGUAAAGGCGUCAUGAGUCAAAAAAUGAGGGGGGGCAGACAUGACGUCAGGGACAAGAUUUCUGGGAAAACUCUUAUUUUUGCAUCCACACAAGAAAGCUUGCAUCGAGAUAUGGAAAAAUGAGAAGUUGAGUAUUGCGCGGUGCACGUGCUUCAGAGUUGUGAUUUCCAGGGCCGACCAGCAUGUAGAGUCUUACAACAGAACUUUACAAGGCACGCCGUGGGGCAAAGUGCAACAACGUAUGUGAAAGAAGACUAAGCAAACCUGGAGAAGCAGCAAGGUGCAACAUGUACAAGGGAAUUGUGCAUGUACAUUACGUCUGCUUUGAAAUGUGUACAUGGGUCGCCGAGUUUUUAUGUAGUAUGGGGAGGGGGUGGGGGUAGCCUAUAAUGAUAUAGUAGGGCGCUUUAUACUUUAUACAAUCAUGGACCUAUUACGUCCAUGCUAUAAUCAAACCAUCAGCACGACCGGUGGAUGGAUGACUGAAAGAAUGGAUGGAUAGGCAUAUAUAAAUGGAUCAUCCAAUUGAUGUAUUUUCCCAAGAAAUGGAUGGUCAAAGAGAAAUGGAUACAAAUGAUGCAGCAAUAGAUAGGGGCACCCCAUGGGAGAUCAACUUGCUACCCCUUCAUAGACAGUAAACAAGUAGAAAGAAUUGAUAAAAAGAUGAAAUUUUAUAGCAACAAAUGAGAGGAAGAAAGGCCUCCGGGAAAGGCCUAUACGCAUACAGAGUGUGCACGAGCAGUUCAACCGUUGAAAAAAUGUGAAUGACUGCGACAUGAGCAGGACAAAGACAUUACUUGCAUCCGGGACUUGCAUCUUGAUUGGCAUAACAUUUUAGACUUAUUUAUCAAUGGAAUUGUAACUCCCAUUUCCCUGCUAUAACUAUAGGAAAAACGAAUGAUAACUGUUGUUUUAUAGACGUGGAAAUUUAUGCUUCAUAUUAGGACCAAAGAGAUUCUGGCGUACGUGUCAAUAUUUCAAAACUCAUGCGGGAAAAUAAUAUAAUCAUUUUUUAUGAUUGAAAAAAAAGUGCCAAGUUCACACUGUCACGAUUUUUUUUUUGGUGGCGGUGCUGAGGAAAAUUUGACAAAGCAAAAGAAAAACAUUAAAAAAGGUUCCAAUACAAAAUGUUGGUAAUUUUCCUACAUUUAUCCAAUUCGACACCUAUACCAGAAUUCCAGGGGGAGCUGCCUACAUGGAAAAUAAUGCACGCCGCACCCCAUUGUAAAAUCUUGGGGGUGCUUUGCACCCCCGGUUCCAAGGGCCUUAAUUAUAAUCGCGGAAUAAUUAAUCGUAUCAGAUCAGUCGAGGCGAUCGUAUUGAUCGUAUAAAUAGUUGGAAUGGUUCAACUAUGUGGUGAUGUGGCUUUUUUUGCAGGAUUUUUUUGCAUUUAUUGGAAUAAUAUACAAAACAAAUUUACAAUGCUUGAGACAUGAUCAUAAUACAAGUGACAAUCGUAUAUGUAGUGACUGGAG